CAACAACAUUUAAAUGUGUUGAAUAAAGUACACAUGUGAUUGUGAAUCACAACGUUGAUCAGGAAAAACAGGGAGUGCAGAAUUUUUUUUUUUUUAUCUGGCAGUCCAAGUUUAAAACAUUUAUCUUUCUUAUGUUUCCUUUAUUGCAGCAGAUGGAGGAGUUUGAGAGCAGUUCUCUGGGCCGGGUCACGGUGUACUCCAUCCAGGGCUGUCCACACUGUGUGCAGGCUAAAGCCAUCCUGGGGGGUCUGGGGGUCCCAGUGUGUGACGUGGAUGUGGGGAAGCAUCCGGAGCUCAGAGCCAGGGUGAAGGAGCUGACCGGACGCAGCUCCGUGCCUCAGAUCUUCUUCAACAACAUUCAUGUAGGCGGGAAUGAUGACCUUCAGAAAAUGGCUCCUGAAGAGCUGCAGAGGCUGGUGAAUGUUGUGAAGAAAGAGCCUCUUCCAGCAGACGCCCCCCCCCUCCCAGAGGAGAAUCCAACAGAGAGCACGUCGGGGGAGACGGAUGGAGAGUUUGUGUGUGAGAGAGAUGAGUUGGCGGACCUGGUAGAGAACUUCAAACAUGGCAAUGUGAUUGGCAGUCAUAGGAAGGGGCUGACAGUACACAAAAAGAGCUUCUCCAGUGACCAGCUGGUUGACUGGCUGCACAAAGAGAAGGGCAUGGCCAGGGCUGAGGCCUGUAGCACUGGCCAGGCCAUGAUGCAGAAGAAGUACAUGGUGAGUGUGCGUGGCUGUGGGGAGAAGGAAGGCUGUUUUGGAGAGGGGAGAGACGCUCUGUACAGGCUGCUGGAGCACGACCCUCACUCAGCCCUCAACGCAGGACGGAUGGCCGCCUGCAUCCCCAUCCCGGCUGCCGAGCUGUCUUUGCUUUUACGGGAGUUGAUCCUGAAAUUGUUCUCUGAACAUCUUUCUGCUGACGGCAAGUCUGUGGACUACAAGGGCAUGUCAGGUGACCCUGCCUUCGAGCGGUACUGUGAGCUGGCCAUCCAGCUGCAGCGGGUUGAGCUGCUCUCUCUCAGCAGGGAGGAGAAGCUGGCCUUCUUCAUCAACAUCUACAACGCCUUGGUCAUCCACGGGAACCUCCGCCUGGGGGCCCCCACCAACAUGCUGCAGAGAUACAAAUUCUUCAACUAUGUGAGCUACCUGAUUGGAGGAGAGUUGUUCACACUACAGGACAUUGAGAACGGCGUUCUGAGAGGGAACAGAAGAGGAAUGGCUCAGCUAUUAAGGCCCUUUUCCAAAACAGACCCACGACUACAGGUGGCGCUUCCAGACGCUGAGCCCCUCAUUCACUUUGCCUUGAACUGUGGAGCAAAGGGCUGCCCACCCAUCAAAACAUACACUCCAAAGGACAUCGACAGCCAGCUCCGCACAGCAGCAGAGGCCUUCCUGGAAAACGAUGACUCCUGCCUGGUGGAUUCUGGGAAAAGAGAAGUGCGACUCAGUCAGAUUUUCAAGUGGUACAAAGCUGACUUUGGAGGAACGGAUGAAAAGCUGCUGAAGUGGGUGCUGGAUCACAUGGGUGACUCCCCGAAGAAGAGCAGCCUGCAGGAUGUGAUAUCUGCUGGGAAGACCAAAGUCAUCUUCCUCCCUUACGACUGGAGCACCAACGGCACACACUGAGCAUCUCUCUGCUGCUCCAGUGUGUCUCUGCUUCUGUCCACUUCCUACUGAGCUGCAUCUCCUCUGAAACCAGAACGGUGACCAUGUGUUUCACAAAUGCAAUCCACUGGUCCUCAACCAUGCAAAUCGACGUUAUGCAAAACAAACUGUACAUUCAAGUGGUGAGAGGGGCGCGUUUGCACUGUCCCAGACUCAUACUUCUCCCCCGUGUUUAAAUGUCAUACGUUGUGUAUGAGUUGAACAUCAACGCUUUCAUUGGUUUGAAGCAACAAUAAUCGAGCUAUUUAGAAAUUAAGAUGUUAUUGACUUCCGUUAUUAUUGUACUAUGUUCAAUUUUAUCCUGAAACUUUCCCAAAUGAGUAAUCGAACCCCUACCCUAAGACUGAAUUUAGUGUGUUGAGAAACAAAAUCUAUAAUAUUUAUUGUAAUUGGUCUAAAUUCUUAAAAUCGGAUAUGGACCUACUUCAUAAACAACACCACAACUUAGAUCGCAUGAAAUCUGACUUUUGUAAUUCAGGGAAAACAAUGACAAAAUAGACUAGUGUUUUUUCUGCAAAAAACACCAUUUACCCAAAUACUGUAUGUACUGUAGUAAGACAAGAAAAUCUAACUGUCCUACAAAAAUGUACCAUUUCUUCAGAUUGUUCUUGGGCACGCACUUCAACCUUUGAAUUAGAAAGGAAAUUCAAAAAUGAACUAAAAGCAUACUGUAUAAUAAUUUAACAAUUCUCAACAUGGCUUCCAUGUCCUCAACACUAUGUCAGCAACUCAGGAGUCAUAGAUUGCCACCCUCUUCAGUCCAAUACAACACUCAGCAGGCGGUUCAUGUGGAGCAUUUAAUCAGAGCAGAGGUAGGCGAUACACACACCCUGCCUUGGAAAGCCAUAUUGAAGCCCUUUUUAAAUAACAAACAUACACAUUCAAGUUUAGCAGCUGCAGAUUCUCCUCAUUCUCCAAUGUUUUAAAAUACAGGUAAAGAAACUACAAGCUGUGGAAAUUAAACAUUAGUAUCCAACUUAUGGAUAUUAAAUAUUGAAAUAUAAAGACAACUUCGCCUCUGGCUGUAGAACAAGAUAACAUUAUUUGAAGCUCUUAACAAAAAAACUAUGAUAAUUAAUUUAUUAUAAAAGAAAAUCUUGUAUACAGUGCUUUUGCAUGGCUUGAUAAUUUUUUUAAUUAUUUUGUUACUUCCUUACUUUGUUAGCCUACAUGGAUGUCCACCCCUCUCUUUUUGAUCCAGGUCUUCCAUUUGAAAUGACAACUGCUGUGUUUUUAAGCGCAGCCAUUUAGUUGUGUGUGUGUAUAUAUAUAUAUAUAUAUGUGUAUAUAUAUAAUAUUUUGAAUUCUAGAAAUAUGUAUCAUAGCUACACCCCUUUGGGAAGCACUCUGACACUUUGCAUGUGUAUCACCAACUUUGAAUGCUUUUCAGACAUGUUUGUACUGUUUUUUUCACAAACAAAAAAGUUAACUGUUGGUCAGUGUGAGAUGUAUGGGCAGUUUGUCCAGAUAUUUCAAGGGUGUCUGCGGGAAGUGAAUGUCUUGAAUUAUUGUUUGUUUUAUUUCCCAGAUCAGUAGUCAUGAAUAUAAUUAAAUGUAGCAGUUUGUGUGUAGAUUAUAUUACUUUAGGGUUUCUGCCUUUAAAUCUGUACAGGACCUACCUUUGGUUCCAUAAUUGAAGGAUUUUCUUAUCUCAGGUCAAAUGAAAAUGUGAGCAAACGAUGUUAGGGUGUCUGAUGUCAUCGAUGCAUGUUGUGUAUAACAUGUCCAUCUCUCUCCAUAUUCCUUUGCUAAGACAUCGUCUCUUAGUCCUUAAACUAUAAGCAGCACGAGAGCAUAUGGUGAAAUAAGCAUGUGUUAAAAACUGGAAUGCAUUCGCUGCACGACUCUGGAAACUGUUGAAAGCUGUUCUGUAGCCGGACAGCCCGUCAACUCUAGAGCCUGUUAUUGGAAUGCAAUAGAUUGAGAAUAUAACCUAAGUUCAUGUUACUCUAUUGUUUAGUGACUGAUGGUAAAAUACACUUUGUUGGCUAAACUGGACUGAACAAGUACAUUUUAUUUACGUAUUUAGAUUUUCCCUGAUAGAACCUUGUGUAUCAGGAAAAUGUGACGCAAAAAGUUUUUAAAAAAAGAAAUUGUAAUAUAUUCUAUUUCCUCUUUCCUGGGGUGAACAAUAAAGCAAUAUGUUUGUCAACAAUAAAUAUGCAAUGCCUGAACUUAA